AUGACUGUCGACAAAAUUCUAUCAAUAGCAGAUCUGGAAAUAGCUGGUUCCAGGAAGUUGCCAGUCGCAAUUCGAGAUUUCUUCAAUUCAGGUGCAACAAACCAAGUCACUGUUCGUGAGAACUCGACAGCCUACCAGAAGUACCGCAUUUUACCACGCGUGUUAAAAGACGUGUCUGGUAUUUCAACUAGAAUCACACUAUUUGAUCGAGAAAUCGCGUUUCCACUAUGUGUAUCGCCAGCUGGCAUUCAGUCCAUGGCUCACCCCGAUGGGGAGUUAGCCACAAGCAGAGCCUGUGCGAAGAUGGGAGUCAAUAUGGGCGUGUCGUCCUACGCAAACCACUCCGUUGAGGAGAUCAUUAUCGCUGGAAGAGAGAUAGGAUCUAUCCACCACGUCAUGCAACUCUAUUCUAUGAAUGAUCGUGACAAAGAGGCACGAAUUGUUCGUCGAGCAGAGGCUGCUGGUUGCAAGGCGAUAUUUCUCACUGCAGAUAGCCCAGUAUUAGGGGUUCGGUAUAACGAGUGGCGGAAUGGGUUUCAGCCUCCACCAGGUCUAGGGUAUCCUAUGAUCGAGAAGACAUCGGAGCAGAUUCAGAAGGAGUCCCAUGAUGAUGGAUUCUCAUCUUUCAACUCCGAUUCUCACUCUUGGGCGCAGGAAAUUCCUUGGCUACGCAGCAUCACCAAGACGGAAAUAUGGAUCAAAGGUGUUCUUACACCAGAGGACGUGGAGACGGCCAUAGAAUAUGGAUGUGACGGCGUGAUUAUCAGCAAUCACGGUGGGCGUCAGCUGGAUGAGACUCCGGCGACUAUUGAUGUUCUAGCUAGUUGUGCAAAGGCUGCCAGAGGUCAAAUUAGAAUUCAUAUUGACGGUGGAAUCAGAUCUGGCAGCGACAUUUUCAAAGCUCUGGCUUUGGGAGCUGAGUGCUGUUGGGUUGGUCGUCCUAUGCUUUGGGGGCUGGCAUAUAAUGGCCAGGAAGGUGUUCAGUUGAUGCUCGAUAUUCUCUACCAGGAAUUCAAACGAUGCAUGCAAUUGGCGGGGUGCAAGUCCAUAUCCGAGAUAACUCUGUCGAGCCUUGGUAGAAUUCGUUCAAAUGGGCCACUUGAGAGAUUAUAG